AGGGCAAAGGAGAGGAGGGCCGGGCCGGCGGCCGCUGCUCGCCGAGCCGGAGCUCGUUUCCUGCUCGCUAUCGCCCGGCAGCGCCCAGCUCCGGUCCCUCCCCGCGCCCUGGUCCGUGCCUCAGUUUCCCCUUCCGAGGGGCUGUGGAGGUACCCGCUGCAUGGAGGAAGCCACUGGCUGCAGCCACAGCCCUGAGGCCACCGUGGCAGGGUGACACCGUGCCUCUCUGGGGGCAGUGGCAGGGUGACACCGUGCCUCUCUGGGUGCAGCAUCCGGGGACAGUUCCAUCACUGCUGCCACAAAGUGCCAAUUUCAGCAGCACCUGCAGCAGGGAAAGCUGGCACUGGGACGCCAGGUCUGGCCCCUGGGUGACACGGAAUGAGUGUGCCAGCUGACGAGGCGGGCAACCCGGCCCAUGCCAUCUUUGAGAGGUUCCUGCGUGCCGGGGAGUGCCGGGAGGUGCUGGGCUGCUUCCUGGAGCUGUGCCAGCAGCUGGGGCUGCAGGGCAGUGGGCUGCAGCUCUACCACGGCCUCAAGGCUGCCCUCAACUACUGGAAUGCCAAGGCCCUGUGGAGCAAGCUGGAUAAGAAAGCUGGGCACAAGGACUACGAGCAGGGCACAGCCUGUGCUGGCACCAAGUGCCUGGUGGUGGGCGCCGGCCCCUGCGGGCUGCGGGCUGCCAUUGAGCUGGCGCUGCUGGGUGCCCGCGUGGUGCUGCUGGAGAAGCGCGACUCCUUCUCGCGCAACAACGUCCUGCACCUCUGGCCCUUCACCAUCCACGACCUGCGCGCGCUGGGCGCCAAGAAGUUCUACGGGCGCUUCUGCACCGGCACGCUGGACCACAUCAGUAUCCGGCAGCUGCAGCUGAUCCUGCUGAAGGUGGCUUUGCUCCUGGGCGUGGAGGUGCACAUCAAUGUGCGGUUCGAGGGGCUCGUUCCCCCCACGGGCAAGGCAGGUGGCUGGCAGGCUGUGCUGCAGCCCAGCUCCUCUCCCCUCACCCACUACGAGUUCGACGUCCUCAUCUCAGCUGGCGGUGGCAAAUUCGUCCCUGAAGGGUUCAAGCGGAAGGAGACGCGUGGAAAGUUGGCCAUUGGCAUCACCACCAACUUCAUCAACCGCCACAGCCGGGCCGAGGUGGAGGUGGCUGAGAUCAGCGGCGUGGCCCGCAUCUACAACCAGAAGUUCUUCCAGAACCUCUACAACAAAACGGGCAUUGACCUGGAAAACAUCGUGUACUACAAGGAUGACACUCACUACUUCGUCAUGACGGCCAAGAAGCAGAGCCUGCUCAAGAAGGGGGUCAUCCUCCAGGACAAAGCGGACAUCGAGAGCCUCCUGGCUCCGGACAACGUGAACCGGGAUGCCCUCCUUAGCUAUGCCAAAGAAGCUGCCAACUUCUCCACCAACUACUGCCUGCCCGAGCUGGAGUUUGCCCUCAACCACCGGGAGCUGCCGGAUGUCGACAUGUUCGACUUCACCUGCAUGACGCGCUCGGAGAACGCGGCGCUGGUGCGGGAGCACAACGGGAGCCGUGUGCUCCUGGGGCUGGUGGGCGACUGCCUGGUGGAGCCCUUCUGGCCGCUGGGCACCGGGGUGGCCAGGGGCUUCCUGGCUGCCUUCGAUGCAGCGUGGAUGGUGCGGCGGUGGGCGGCCGGGACGCCCCCGCUGGAGGUGCUGGCUGAGAGGGAGAGCAUCUACCAGCGCCUCUCGCAGACGUCCCCGGACAACACCAACAAGAACAUCAGCCAGUACAGCAUCGACCCGGCCACGCGCUACCCCAACAUUAACCUGCAGGCCAUCAAAGCCAGCCAGGUCAAGGACCUCUACCUCGUGGGCAUGGUGGAGGUGGACCACAAGAGGAAGAGUGACAACCGGCUCAGCACGGCGUGGAGUCUGAGGCAGGAGGUGGACGGGGGGGUGUCCCCUGUCUCUGCCUCCCCAGUGGCCCCUGGAGCUGUCUGUGAAGAGCUGCUGAGCUGGUGCCAGGCCAGCACGGCUGGAUACCCUGGCGUGGCCGUGACCAACUUCAGCACCUCCUGGACCAGCGGCUUGGCCCUCUGUGCCCUCAUCCACCGCUUCCGCCCCGACCUGCUGGACUUUGACUCCGUGGACCCCCAGGACGCCGUUCAGACCCACCAGAUGUUGCUGGACAUAGCAGAGCAGGAGCUGGGCAUCCAGCCUGUCCUCUCCAGUGCUGAGAUGGCCAGCUUGACAGAGCCCGACCGCCUGGACCUCAUCACCUACCUCAGCCACUUCUAUCAAAUUUUUGGGACCUCUCCAGAGGUGGAGGUCAGCAAGAAGCCACUGUCUCCCCCUGGCACACGAGGAGCCAUCCUCUUCCUCAGCAAGCUGCAGAAGAGCCGGAACCUGGCACACAAACGUGCCCAGGACGGUGCCCAGAAGGACAGCGAGGCCAAGAGGAGCCGCAGGGACGCUGAGCUGGACACGGGGCUGGAUGGAGACACUCUGGACAGUGCCCACGAGCCGCCACAAGCCACCGUGAUGGACCCAGGGCAGCCUCCGAGGGACAGGACGGGGGAGAACAGCGACGCCUGCUACUUCUGCGGGCGCCGUGUGUACAUCGUGGAGCGGGCCAGCGCCGAGGGACGCUUCUUCCACCGCGGCUGCUUCCAGUGCCGGCGCUGCGGGGCCACACUGCGCCUGGGCGACUACGCCUUCCACGAGGAGGAUGGUAAUUUUUACUGCUCGCUGCACUACCCCAAUGCACCCAGCAUGGAUCUGCCCCGGGAUGAGGCUCCAGCGCUGCCUGAUGGGGAUGCUGGUGCUGCUGCCCACCCGCCCCCAGAUGCUGGCAGGUCGUGUGUGUCCCCCAUGGAGUGGGCACCCAGCCCGCUUCAGCCCACCCCAGCAGCCCCACAGGCAGGGGAAGAGCCUGGGGACGUUGAGGACACGGCGGAUACUGGUGACACGGAGGAGCAGGAGCUGCUGGCACAGCCUGGGGGGGAUGUGAGGGAAGAGGAGGUUCCCAGAGCGGAGCCCCGAGGGACAGCAGAGGAGGGUGAGGAGAGUGGGGGCAGGAGGAAGAUCGUCCUCACACCGCUGGAGAAGCUCAGCCUGUCCACGCUGAACCUCACCAGUGAAGCUGAGCCCGAGCCUCCACUGAAGCCAGCUCGUCUGAGGCUCCCAGCAGCACCUGAGGCCCUCCCUGCCCUGCGGCAGGGACAAGGCGCCUGGGAGGAGGAGGAGGAGGAGGAGGAGGAGAAAAUUGACAUGGAGAAAGAUUUGGAGGACAGUGACAGCGAGGAGGGGGAGGAAGAGGAGGAGAAAGAGGAGGAGGAGGACACAGGCCUUGGCAUCAUGAAAGAGUUGUACCCAGACCCCAGGGAAGAGGAGAAAUUCCCCACCUGGAAGCGCACACUGGCCCGCCGGGCCAGGGAAUCCCAGAUGAAGAGGUUCUGCAAAGCCCAGGCCAUCCAGAGGCGGCUGGAGGAGAUCGAGGUGACGUUCCGGGAGCUGGAGCAGCAGGGCAUCAAGCUGGAGAAGUUACUCCGGGAUGAGAAUGAGAGCCUGGCUGACCAGCAGACACAGUGGACAAACCAGCUGCUGUACCUGGUCCAGAAGAAGAACAACCUGAUGAGCGAGGAGUCGGACCUCAUGAUCGCGGUGCAGGAACUGAAGCUGGAGGAGCAGCAGUGUCAGCUUGACGAGAAGCUCCGGAGUUACAUGAACAAGGAGGAUGCCCUGAAGACACCUGAGGAUGAGAAGGCUGAGCAGGAGAUCCUGAAGCAGCUGGUGGAGGUGGUGAACAAGCGGAAUGUCCUCAUCCAGCUGCAGGAGGAGAAGCGGCUCAGCGAGCUGCGGGCUUGACCCGCACGGCCCCGCGGCCACCAGGUCCUCCCUGGGGACCAGCAGAGUGUGAGUGAGUGAGUCCUGGGCUGAGCACCACCCUGAGCUACCUCUGGAGGUGGCAAUGCCCCAGGUGCCAGCAGCUGCCACAGCAAAUCCAGCUCCCUGCUUGCCAAAUCUGUCGCGGAGGGGCCAGACCCGCUGGUGGAUGCCCACGGAGGAGACACCAAGAAGCACUCAGCCCACUUGGGGUGCAUCCUGUGCAUGGCUGGAGUGCCUUUGCCUUGUGCUGCCUGGAAAACAAGACUGGAGGGGACUGCAAAAGGGGGCCGUGGUGGCUCCCAGCAGCAAGGAGGGACUGGCCACCAGAGGCAGGCCUGUAUGUGCAGGGGCACCUUCAGGAAUGGUCCCUCAAAGCCACCCUGGGACAUCCUUCCCAGCGGAGGGUUUCAUGCCAGUCUGGACUGUCCAUCUCAAGGGACAUCUGGCUGUACAAGUUGGGGCCACUGACAGACAGACUGGGCUGGUCCAGCUGCUCUGCACCGCUGCUUUUGGAUGCCACGUCCACGCUGUCCCCAGCUGCUGCAGGAAACCAGGGUCAGAACCCUACCAGGGAAGGGCUUUUUGUCCAGGAGCUCCUAUGGGAAUUGUGCUCAGGACAAGGACAAGGGACACCAGUGGCUGUGCCCUGCUUGCCCCUUUGGGAUUUCUUCUGCUUGGCAAUGCCACCCUGGCCUGAAAUGCCCCUGGAGUCCCUGGCUGUUGCUUCUGUGGCCAAAUGGUGCUCAUGGCACCCCAGAUGUGUUGGGAUGGGGGUUCCAGGCGUAGGUUCCUCUCUUAGCAACACCACCCUGUGCUCAGCCCUCGUCCUGCCAUUCCCCCCAGCACCUCCUCCAACCCUCCCUGUGUUUGUACCAGCCCUACAAUCCUGCUGCAAACCCCCUCCCCUCAAAUAAAGCCCCCCUGACCCGGUGCCAAAGGUUAAAAUAUUGCCUUUAUUUUCCAUCAGUCAGGACUGGUUGCCAGAACAGCCACCAGUUUAAACUUUGAGGCCACCCCAGGCAAGGGGAGCCUUAGUGUUUCAAGCCUUCCAGCCAGGCCAGUGGGUCCCUCCAUGUACAAAAGAGUGUAUUUAAAAAGACAGCAAUAAAAAUCUGCCUCCAUUGUGGUUCUCA